CUUCCGUAAUUACCAUCCGUGGUCCUCCGAGUUGCGAAAAUUGACCUGUUGCUAUCCUCCCGUUAGUUCCUGCCGUCUAAGCCGUCAAAAGAAAGGGUAAAAAUGUCAUUUGUCAUAUAUAAUUCUUUUUUAUGUAUUUUUUGUUAUCUCACAUAGAGGAGCAGCUAGCUGUCGGCAACGAACUUCUUUCCCGGCGAGCCAUUAGAAUGGCGGCAACAGAGAAGACCAACAACACCACCAUCCUUGUCUCUUCUUCUCUUCUCACCCACCGUCGUCCUUCUCCUUUUCUCUCUCGGCCGGCGAGCAGAAGACGAGAAGCAACGGAUCUUGCGACGCUCUCAUUUCCUCCGGCGACCUCCGUUCUUCCCAACGAGCAGGGCACGAAGGCAACCCAGCAGAUCGAUGCCGACACCUUCUGUUUUCGGUGGCUGAUCUCUCUUUCUCUCUCUCUUAGUCGACGGGUAAGAUGGGUCAGCGGCGAAGCAGCAACGACGAACGACGACCUUUUGUUUCUUUCCGACGAACAGUUGACGCGAGGCGAGCAGAUCCAGCGGUGGUUGACGGUGGUCGAGGCUGAGCAGUGGCUUCCGGUGUGGUGGUGGGUGUUUCCAGUGAACCCUCAUCUCCAAAUUCAACUUAUUGAUUCAACUUCGAUUCUCAAUUUCACGAAAAAUAGGUUUGCUUGGCAUGUCUGUUACUGCUCUUCCUUGUUCCAAUUGUCAACCUUUUGCCCCUUCUCUUUGAUUUCAUCAUGGCAAAGGUUUACAGAUUAUUUGGGAAGGAGUAUCAAAAACCUGCAAGGGUUCCUUUAGCUUGUCCGUAUAAAUCAUCGGCCACCAAACCCAAUAACUCAGUUAGUAAUAUACACAAUCACAUUUAUGUAUUCGUAUGGGAUGGGUAUGGCCUGGGGAUGCUGCAAGUGAUUUCCUUGUUGCUAUAGCUACACCACAGUAUGAGAAUGGCGAUGGCUUUGGCGUGUUUGAUGAGAAUGAUGAUGGGUUCAUAGACAAAAACAAGGUGGAGAGGAUCCUUUGCAGAAUGGGUGAAUGGGUUUCUCAAAGCUUUCGCAGGAGGAUUGCAGGAAGAUGAUCAUGGCGUAUGAUGACAACAAAGGUGGGAACAUUGAUUUUCGUGAGUUCUUGAAGCUAAUGGAGCACAGUUUUGGAUAGCUUAGUUUGCUCUUGCCUUA